UUGGUUUUUCACAUCGCAUUCCAUUUUCGCUAAUCUCAAAUUCUGAUUGGAAAAAAUCAAUAGAUUUAAUAAUUUAAUAAUAUAAUUAAUAAAUACAUAUUUAUAGUAGUGUAAUUAAGAUGGACGAAGAUUUGCCCAAAGAAUUUGAUUUAAUUGUUAUCGGUACAGGCUUUCCUGAGUCUUGUGUGGCAGCCGCAGCUAGUCGUGUGGGCAAAACUGUACUACACAUUGACCCAAAUGAAUAUUACGGUGGUUCUUGGGCUUCCUUUAAUUUAGAUGCGUUUAACUCUUUGCUGAGCGAAGGUAAUGCUACAUGCAAAGAAAUUAGAAAUGGGAGCUUUCAGUGGCAUAUACCACUACAAGACGAACCCAAAGAGGAAACGGCUGAAGGGGAUGGUGAACCCAAGACUAAACAAUGGUCGGCGGAAAGUGUUCUGAAGCUUUCUCGGAAAUUUAAUAUGGAUCUAUGCCCGAAAAUCCUAUACUCGUCUGGUUCGCUGGUGCAACUGCUGAUCUCAUCCAAUAUUUGUCGUUAUGCUGAAUUUAGAGCAGUAGAUCGUAUUUUCACCCAAUUCGAGGGCCAGUUAUUGAGUGUACCCUGUUCCAGAAGUGAUGUUUUUAAUACCAAAGAUUUGAGCAUAGUAGAGAAAAGACUGCUUAUGAAAUUCCUUACCAUAUGUUUGACCUAUGGCGAGGAUAAAUUCGAGGAAGACAUGGCUGAAUUUCGUGGCAAGCCAUUCCUUGAAUACUUGCGCCAACAGAAAGUGACUGAGAAAAUCAAUCGAUGUGUUAUGCAAGCCAUUGCCAUGACAAAUGAGGACACGCCCUUCGAAGAGGGAAUGGAGCGCACAAAAAAAUUUUUACAGAGUUUAGGACGUUACGGCAAUACGCCUUUCAUAUUUCCCAUGUAUGGGUGUGGCGAGAUACCACAAUGCUUUUGUAGACUCUGUGCCGUUUUUGGUGGCAUAUAUUGUUUGAAACGUCAGAUAAGUGCUAUCAACAUGAAUGCCGAAGCGCAAACAGUUAACAUUGAGGUAGAUGGCCAACAUAAGGUUGAGGCCAAGCAUAUUGUUUGCUCUACCAGCAAUAUGCCUGAACAGUUGAGAAGUGGAAAUCCCAAAAAUUAUUUAUCGAGAGCUAUAUUUAUUGCCUCUUCUCCAUUGGGAAGCAUUGAACUGAAUUCCGGCGGGGGAGGUGUAAAUCUUUUAAGGCUUAUUACUGCUGAUGGCAAACGUGAGGCCAUUCUAAUACAAUUAUCUCAUUACUCGGGAACAACGCCAAAGGAUUUGUGUGUAUUCCAUCUUACAACGAGCGCCUUAAGUGAUAAUCCCCAGUCUGAUCUUGAAGAUUUUACUCAACAAAUAUUCAACAAUGCGCCAGAAGCGCCUACUCUAUUAUACUCAUCAUAUUUCAGCAUAAGUGGUUAUGAAAUGCCAUCGAAUACAUCACCAUUAAUACAUGCUACCGCAGCACCUUUCUAUGAGCUCGACUAUGAUAAGUCAAUUGAAAAUGCUCGCAGUAUUUUCUCGAAAUUAUACACCGAUCUGGAAUUCCUACCACGUGCCCCCGAUCCAGAGGAAAUUGUUAUUGAAGGUGAAGACCCUAAGGCAUUGAGUGAGCAACAGCUACCGGAUGAUCUGAAAGCACAAUUGCGUGAAAUUGAAAAGUUUGCAGAACAAAUGGAUAUUUUGGAGAAAGAAGAGGCCGAUGGAAAUCAGGCCGAACCAAUGGAAUCUUAGAAUAACGCACUUACUUUGCAAGCAUUUGUCUAAAGCAAAUUUAACAACAUUACGUACAUCUAUGCAAAACAAAGAACAUUAGAUUUUUCUAUAACUUAUUAUUAUUAUUAUUACUACAUAUAUUAGCGCUUUAACAACAAUACAUUAAGCACAGCAUAUUUUUAUGACAUUUACAUACAUACAUUUAUAUUUAUAAUAAAAUUGCCUGUCUUUCACUUGUA